UCAGAUUAUUUUUUUGCUAAAAGAAAAAAGACAUGGCGCCCACUUAUGGAAUGAGCGUUCUUUUCCUUGGAAUAACAAUGUUUUUUCUAGCCCUUCUACAUCCAAAUGCUGAGGCCWUUAGGCAUAGCGAGCAAUGUGAAUUCCGUGGUUACAAGCCCGGUGGGAUUCUUCCUGGAAUAAAGAAGAUAUCCGCAGUACCACCUGCCAAAUUUGAAACKAGUGUCCUGGACACUACGCUURACUAUUUCAACCAAGGUGGAGGUGUUACGGCUGCUACAUUGGGCGUCAUCGAUGCUGUAGGUGUAUCACUAAAGGGAUCACCCCAGGUUUCUGCAGCUCUGGGGAUCAUUGCUGUUGGUUUAGGAUAUGCUUCCAGUAGUCCUAGCCCUAAUGACAUCCUGGACAAGGCUUUUAAAUCAGUAGAACUUCUGGCUGAAGAGGUUAAUGAAAGAAUGAGUCAGUUGCAAGACUAUGCCGAUGUAAAAGAUUUGCAACUUGAGAGACUGAUUAUGACCAGAAAUUACAAAGAGCUGUUUGAUAAAUGGUCUAAAUGCGCGAAACAUCGACCAGGACGAGACCCAAAUCAAUGUCAAGUAGAUGCAGAGGAAGACAUUGCAAGUGCWCGUUUCCAUUUCCAGCCUUUACAAGAACUCUUCGAAGAGAAACAAUCAAAUGGAAAGCAAACGUACGACCCACAUUUUUAUUACAGAUAUGUUGCUACCUGGCAGUGGAUGAAAAAGUACGAGGGUAAAGGUUAUUUCUGGGCUCCCACUUACGAAGAGGUGAAGAAGCUUGAAAUUGGACUCAUCCCAUUCCGUGACUAUGCUACUCUGCAUCUUGUAGCCUUAGAGGUGCUUGCCAACAGUUACAAAGAUAAAGUUGGAGGUGAAUCUUGUGAAAUCUACAAGCAUACCUUAACCCUGAUUGCUCAAAAGUCAGACUAUUACGUUCGCUACGUCAAAUGGGCCUUUGAAUGGAUCUACAUCCGACAAUACGAAGAAAACAUGUAUUUUGGAGUAAAGGGAAGGGCAGGUGGAGGACCUGAUUCAGCAACUCGCAAUGGUUUUCUGGCAACCAGAAAAUGUACAGGAGGCAAGUGUACCAUCGAGUGUAGCCAGAUGAUGAAAGAUAAUGUUUGUACCGUACAAAAGAGACGCAGGAGAAAAAGAAGUUGGGAAGUCAUGGAAAAGGCAUCUAGUCUCUGUGAUGGUUAUAUGGGUAAACUAAAGCAAGCGUUGACACAGUUCUGGACCGAAAAUGUUCUACAAGUAGCAAAAAGCUGGGAGAAGUAUGRGAAAGACGCUAAGGAAAAACUUGCUGCGAAGAAAUGUUAAGAAUCGACAAGUUGGUCUCCAUGAUUAAUAGAAAAAUGAUGUUAAUUAGCAGUGCUACUUUUCUUUUAGAAGCUUUCUUAUCACAACCUCACAGUAAAUUGUGCCCAGUGGUAAUGUGGCAAUGCACAAUAAACGGCGUAUUAAUCAUUAAUCACGACUUAUAAUGCUGCUGAUGAGCUUUAAUAGCUUCCUUUUAAGAUAUUUUAUGCAGCCUUUUGUUUACUUUAGAAAUAUAAUCGCGUGAUCCUUUCAGUAAUACAGCAGUGGCGAGUGCACAUAAGAGGUAUAAAGAGAAGCAGAGGCAUUAGGUGACACACUUUUUGAGUGUGUUGUAAAGAGAAGCACGAGCAUUAGGCGACAAACGGGGUUCAGUUUCUAUUAAGCACUGUACAGUAAAUUUGAGAGGACCAAUUUGGCCCCAGAGAGCCAUUUUGGCUUUUUCAAGUAGUACUAUUUUAGCCCAGGCUAGUACCAAACUAGAACAAAAUGCCAUUUUGGCCCCACAGAAACCAUUUUGGUAUGGGUCUAUCAGUACUGUUUUGGCCCCCUCAACUAGGCCUAAAAAUAGCUCUACUUUAAGGAGGCCACUAUAGGGUCAAAAUUUUGGCCCCAUUUUUGGGGCUUAAACCGCCCUAUCCGAUUUACUGUGUCGAUAUUUCCAAAGCAGGCUCCAUGUGUAAACGUAAACAUCUUGCUCCCUUUAACAAAUAAAACAGCUUUUUCCGUGCUCUGUUCAGUAAUAAAGCACGCAGGAAGUGAAKUAAGCACUAACCAUAUAGUAUCUGUAGCCGUAGGCGAUCGCUUCUCACACUUUUUGMGUGGUUACGGCGCUUCCUARGUGCUUUAUAACUGCAUUAUUUCGGUACUAUUUACGCAAAAAGAAAGAAGGUCGCAGGAUCUAGCAGCACUUUGAGCGCGCGGAUGUCGCCAGCACUGUAAUCCGUUCACUAUUAUAAUUAAAGCACAGUUUUCGACCAUUCGACGCGCACGUACUAUCAUGACUAUACAAUAACUGCUAAUAUGGCACAGUUUUCGACCAACAAAAGCGCGCGUAGCAAGGUCACUCUACCUUGAAUGAUUUUUCUCAUUACACUCAUUGUAGCACUCUUGCACUAUAAUUGUAGCAAGACAAGUUGUUCUUCGUAUUGACGUCAAAACAACUACAAUAAAUAGUUUCUUCCGUUUC